AUGAGGUCUCCCGCAUUGUGGGCGUUGCUUCCUGCAGCCAUUUGUGCCAGCUCUGCACUGGGAGCCAUCCCGAUUUCCAGUAUCAAGAGAGUAACAAAUGUGCCUAUCGUCCCCAGCAAGUUCAUCAUCGAAGUCGAUGAGCUGUCGGACAUCCCAACUAAGCGCUCUUUCGAAAGGUCUCUUGACGCCGUUUACGCGACUCUUCAAGAACGAGAUGUGGCUUUCGACAUCGAUAGAGAGUUCGACUCUGCUGGUCUAUUCGUCGGCGCUGCCCUGACCGUCAACACUCCACAAGAUGCAGCGGCGCUCGCCACAGCGCCAGGCAUCAAGGCUAUUCGUCCUGUCGUGCGGUACGAACGACCCAACCCGGUCAAGUCCCAUGUCGUGACAGGACCAGAUGAUCGCGAUCCCUCCAUUCCGGCGGACGGGCAGUCGACCCACGUCCUCACCGGCGUUGACAAGCUCCACGCUGAAGGCCUCCUGGGCGAAGGAAUUAAGAUCGGAAUCCUCGACACGGGUAUUGACUAUAACCAUCCCGCCUUGGGAAACGGUUUCGGCCCUGGCCACAAGGUCAUUGGAGGGUUCGACUUCGUCGGAGACGCCUAUACUGGAGAAAACAAGCCCGUCCCGGACCCCGACCCUCUCGAUACAUGUGCAGGGCACGGGACCCACGUCGCUGGCAUCAUCGGCGCCGAUCCCGGAAACCCAUUCAACAUAAGCGGUGUGGCGUACAAAGCAUCCAUUUGCGCAUACAGAGUUUUCGGAUGCAGAGGCUUCGUUACCGAUGACGUCCUCGUCGAUGCCCUCCUUCGGGGUGUCAGCGAGGGCCAGGAUAUACUCACCUUGUCUCUCGGAGGUGCCGAGGGGUGGACAGAAGGCACCGCCACGGUGGUGGCAAGCCGGAUAGCAGCGCAAGGAAAGAUUGUCACUAUCGCUGCUGGAAAUGAUGGGGCCUCUGGUUCGUGGUAUGCCUCCAGCCCCGGAACUGCUAUCAACGCCAUUUCUGUCGCCAGUCUGGACAAUGUCGUUAUCCCUCUCCAAAACUUGACAGUCGUUGGUGUCGAACGUGACCCUAUCACAUACUUCUCUACGUUUCCCUUGCCCGUCCCCGGAACGCUUCCUAUUUUCGCGAUCUCUAACUCGACAACGGUCGUCGAUGAUGGCUGCGAUGUUCUUCCACCCAGUAUCCCCGACCUAUCAGGUUUCGUGACUGUUGUUCGCCGUGGUACUUGCACCUUUGUCCAGAAAUUGACCAACAUCGCAGCCAGAGGAGGAAAUUGGGUCCUUAUUUAUGAUAACGGAGGUGGCUUCAACGCAAUAUCAACAGGAAACUUCACCACAGCCGUCCUGAUCCAAGGUCCUGAUGGUGAAUUCCUUGUCAACCAAUUCGCUGCCGGCGUACCAAUCUUUGUCACAUUCCCUCAAAGCGGUGCCUCAACUGAGUUCCCGGACCCAGAAGGAGGCCUCAUCUCCGGAUUUACCAGCUACGGUCCCUCCAACGAUUUCUUCUUCAAACCUGCUCUUGCCGCCCCUGGAGGCAACAUCCUCUCCACUGUUCCCGUCAAUCGCGGUGAAUUUGCCGUCUUGUCUGGCACAUCCAUGGCGACGCCCUUCGUCGCUGGUUCCGCCGCGCUUCUCCUAGAAGCGAAAGGAAAGUCGAAAGCGGUGACGGACUCCGCGCGGACGCUGUUCCAGACGACGGCGAAAUACGUUUCUUCGAGCAAGACGGAUGGCGAUCCUUUACAGACCCUUACACAGCAAGGCGCUGGGUUGAUCAAUGUGUUCGAUGCUAUUCAUGCGGAUGUGAUUGUCUCACCUGGAGAGUUAAUCUUGAAUGACACUGUCCACUUCGUACCUCGCCAUACCAUCACUGUCAGAAAUACCGGCACCUCUGCAAAGAGCUUCAGCGUUUCCCAUGUCCCGGCCGGGACAGCACUGACAAUCGUUGCCGGCACCAUCUUCCCUGAAGUUGGCCCGGUCCCCCUCACCGAUACCUACGCAUCCGUGACAAUCCAGCCGACAUCUUUCAGACUCGCUCCAGGCAGGAGCCAAACCGUCACUGUCAACUUCAGACUGCCAACCACUCUCGAUCCGUCGACCUACCCGGUCUUCUCGGGCUUCAUACAAGUUGCAGGCGCCAGCGUGUCCGAAACCUUCCACGUAUCGUACAUCGGUCUUCGAGGCAGCUUGAGGGAUAAACAGGUUAUUGACGACACGAAUACGUUCUUUGAGGAGCCCACCCCUGCUCUGCUUGAUAGUGCUGGUGAUAUCCAGAAGGGUGCGCUGAACUACACGUUCGUUGAAGAUGACCUUCCGUCUCUUGUGUGGAGGCUGGCAUUCGGGACCCCAGCGUUUCAUGUCGACCUUGUGGAUGCGAACACCACCUUCCGGCCCACUAUCACGCCGCGUCAACUCGAGCCGCCUCUCUUCACUUUCCCCCGUCUCAAGGGCGGUUCCUUCGCACAAGUCAAGACCAUUGGCCCGCUCGCAGAGCUAGACUAUAUUACGCGGAACAAUGAAGACCCGAAUGACAAUGGUUUUAGCCUGGUAUUAAUAGACGAACCGGUGUUCGCAAAUGGGACGAGAAUCCCAAAUGGGCUGUAUAAAAUUCUCAUUCGUGCGCUUAGAGUGACGGGUAACCCCGCCAAUCAGGCUGAUUACGAGUCGUGGCUGAGCCCCAUCAUCGGUAUUAACGCGCCCACUAACACGUCGACGCCGGAAAAGCCGUAA